AUGGAGAACUCCACGCAGAUUGUAUCGUUUGUUCUCACUGCCUAUGGUCAUAGUGGACACAUGAGGUACCUAUAUUUCACCAUAUUAAUGUCAUCAUACUUGUCAAUUAUUUGUGCUAACACCAUGCUUAUUGGAGUCAUAUGUGGUGAGGGAAGCCUGCAUGAGCCCAUGUACCUGCUUCUCUGUGGUUUGUUUGUUAAUGAGGUAUAUGGCAGCACAAUUAUCUUUCCUUGCUUUAUGACACAGAUGUUUUCAGACACUCAUGAGGUUUCAUUCAUUUUUUGUUUACUUCAGUUAUUUUGUCUGUAUACAUAUGGCACUGUUGAAUACUGUAAUUUAGCGGCCAUGGCAUAUGACAGAUAUGUCUCUAUCUGCCAUCCACUACAUUACAGUAUCAUUAUGACCACAGGAAAAGUAUGUUCGGUUCUUUUACUAGUGUGGUUGUAUUCUUUAAUGAAAUCUACACUUACUGUCAUUAUUAUUGUUCAUCAGAAAUUUUGUGGGAACCAAAUUGACAAAGUCAUUUGUGAGCCUACCAAAAUGGCCUGUUCAAUCUCAGCUGGUAACAAUGUAUUUACUAUGGCAGCUGGCUUCGUGAGUUUUGCCGUCCCACUGAUACCCAUUUUAUUCUCUUACAUUAAGAUAUUAGCUGUUUGUUUACGGACCUCCAGAGAAGCCAGACAGAAAGCCGUUAGCACUUGCUGUCCACAGCUUGUUUCUCUGGCAAACUUUGCCAUUGCCUGUUUCUUUGAGGUACUCCAAAGUAAAGUGGAGAUGACUCACGUUCCAAGUUCACUGCGUAUUAUUUUGUCAGUGUAUCUUUUAGUUUGUCAGCCUUUAUUAAGUCCCAUCAUAUAUGGGCUCAAUUUAACUAGAAUUAGAACUGUAUGCAAAAAUAUAUGCUUAAAAAAACAAAUGGUCCUGAAAGACACAGGGGUGAAGUCAAUUUAA